AAAAUGGAGGGACCAAAAUGUUACAAAAUUUGCUGUAACGGUCACGAGAAUUUGUUUAUAGCUUCCCUAUCACUUAUAUAUCACUCUCAUUCUUCCAUUUUUCUUAUCUUUCUCCAUGGUUUCCAAAUCCAUGGCUUCUUCUACUUCUUCCUUCUCCUGCUCCCCAUUAUCACAUGAUUUUGAAAGACCGGGCAUUGAAUCGAUUAAAUCACUCGUAAUUGCAGUAAACGACUACUUUUUCGAGCUGUUAGCGGAUGUCGAAUCAUGGAGUUUUCUGAAAUCUCGAUGCAUUUCCAAGCUCAAUAUUGGAAACUCGAAGAGUUUCUUUGAAUUAUCUGAACAUUCAAUUCUGUCCAAUCUAUAUUGGGGUAUACAGAAUAUAGAAGCUGCGAUAAUGGCGAAAUGCGCGGAAGAGAAAUCGAAUAAGCUGAAGAACUCAGAAAGUAUGCUUCAGGCUCCUGCAUUACUUGAUGAGCAUGGAGUCACAGCUGGAAUUCAAAAUCAAUACUUGAUUUGCUGCUCGUACUUUUAUCUGUCAAUGAUUCGGAAACUCCAAAAUGACGAUUGGCAAGUCACCUUGCACUUUCUUCAAGCAAUUUUGGUCUCCCCGAGACUAGUUCGAGCUGAACUUGCCCCGACACUCUGCGCUAGUCUCUUUUCUUCAGUGGAGGUAAUGGGUAGUGAAAAGAAACUAGGCAAAAGUACUGAUUCUGUCGCAGAUUUUCUUAAUAAGGCGAAUGUCAACCAAGCAAUCAGGGAGAUUUCCAGGAGAUACAAACACUGGCUAAUAUAUUAUCAGGUCAUGUUGUAUGGAGAGACUCCUCAGUGGCAUUGCAGAAGCAGAAAAGCUUCAUUCUGCAAUGAUGAGCCGCGGGAUUUCAAUCAAGAAAAUUAUUAUAUGGAAGAUAAACCAAAAUUAAUCAGAGAAACUCGAAAUGAUAGUGAAGCUAUUAAUCAUUUCAAUCAAGCUCCUAUGUUAAAAAUUCCGACUGACAACCGAGAAACUUAUACAAGCAUCAAAUGCCUCAAGGAAGCAUUGAUGGAAUCCCAAUCCGAUACUCCGACUUCGGUAAAUUCAUGCUGCAGUUAUUAUAUGGAUGAAAUUGAUGAAGAGGUCUGUGUGGCUGACAACAAAUGCCCAAUCAGAACUGCAGGUGAAAAUGAUCUGCAACCAGAAGUUUGUGCUCAGACAAUGCAGGCUUCGUGCAACACAAUGGAUAAAAUGUGCAGGAUGAUGGUUUUGUCAUCUGCUAGUGAACAAAAUGAAGUAAAGAUUAGUAGAUUACCUUCUCGUAGAAUCCCCAGUUCGAUCUGCGAAUUUGAUUUGUCCAUUUUGGAACUGAGAAAUAAAAAGUUUGAAUCAAUUCUAGAUUGCGAUAUUGAAGAUAAUUCAGCUCAGAGGCCAUUAUGGCAACACCAAGCACAGGUGACUAAUGAAGAAGCAACUGCAGCUCGCCAGAGAAGAGCUACACGAGGAAAACAGAAUUUGCAUAGCGAAAACAGCCUAAUUGAGCCUUGUCCGAGUUCUGGAAAAGAUUCCAACACUGACUUAAUGGCAAUACUUGAGAAAGCAAUUUCAAAACUGUACUUCUCGGAAGGGUUAGAGAAAGGCGAGGAAGAUUAUGCUAUAGAGGUUACAGCAAUGUAUGAAUUGUUGAACAGCAAAAAGGGGAUCAAGUACAGUAUUUUAAAAGAUGUUAUUCUAGAUCAGCUGCUAACAGCUAUUUCAAGUUCUAAAGAGGAAAGAGUCAUAAGGGCAUCAAUGUCUAUACUUACAACCAUUGUAUCAGUUAACAAAUCAGCUGUAGAAGACAUCAAGAAGAAAGGCUUGAGGUUAUGCGAUUUGGCAACAGCUCUAAAACACAAUGUGCACGAGGCUGCUAUUCUUAUCUACCUUAUAAAUCCUCCUCCAACAGAAAUAAAAACAUUAGAACUUUUACCGGCAUUGAUGGAGAUAGUGUGCACUUCAAACAGCUACAAAGAAAAACCUGCUGCUCCGUUACUUACACCUCCUGCCGCGUCAUUGAUGAUUAUUGAAGUGCUGGUAACUGCAUUUGACUGCGCCACCAAUAAUAUGCACUUGGCCGCAAUCAACUCUCCUAAAGUUCUCAGUAGGCUGCUAGAUAUUGCUAGAUAUCAAAAUCUGCAAGAAUGCAUAUCUAUGGCUAACAUUCUGAUAAAGUGCAUGCAGUUUGAUGGACAAUGCAGAAAAUAUAUAUCACAGUUUACUCCUCUGGCUCCAUUUAAACUUCUCUUACAAAGUAAUGAGAAGCAUUCGAAGUGUACUGCUCUUCAGUUUUUCCAUGAAAUCCUCUACAUGCCAAGGUCAUCAUCCAUCAGCCUAUUACAGCGGAUAUGGAAAGAAGGAAGUGAUGACAUAAUGCGUUCAUUGAUGCAGUGUCUCCAAGAACUAGAACCAGAUUAUCAAAUUUUAGCUGCAAAUUUACUGCUGCAAUUGGAUGUGCUGGAACAGUCAUCUGAUAAAAGUAUUUUCAUGGAAGAGGCAAUGCAGAUCAUACUGAAGUCAGUGACAUCUGAGGAAAACUCUGCUUUGCAGCAAUUGUCUACUUUCAUAUUAGCAAACCUUGGAGGAACUUAUACCUGGACAGGGGAGCCAUACACCGUAGCUUUUCUGGUGAAAAAAGCUGGCUUGACAUCUUUGUAUUACCGGAAUAUGAUAAGAAACGUUGAUUGGUCAGACGAAAGCCUGCAGGAUGCCGAUGUUGACACAUGGUGCAGCAAGAUUGCAAAAGGCUUCAUUAGCAUGCGGAAACCCAUCUUCCAGGCUUUGGAGAAAGGUCUAAGAAGUAAUAUCAAGAGGGUAUCUCGGAAUUGUCUGAUAGCAAUUGCUUGGAUUGGGUGUGAAAUAUCCAAGCAUCCAAACAGUCUAAGAAAUUCUGCCUGCGAGAAGCUGAUUAAUGGGGUUGAGCAAUUUUUGCACCCUGGAAUGGAGCUUGAAGAAAGACUGCUAGCAUGUCUGUCCAUCUAUAACUUCACUUCUGGCAGAGGGAUGCAGAAACUAAUCCAUUUCUCAGAAGGAGUACGAGAGUCCCUCAGGCGCUUUUCAGGCGUAACCUGGAUAGCCGAGGAACUACAUAGAGUAGCAGAAUUUUAUUUACCAAACAAAUCUCGCAUAUCCUGCGUGCAUACCCAAAUUUUGGAGGCAAAGCAUGGAAAAAGCGGAGCUGUAACUGCGCUUAUCUACUAUAGAGGAUUGCUUUAUAGUGGCUAUGCCGAUGGUUCAAUCAAGGUGUGGGAUAUCAAACAUCAAUCAGCUACUCUUGUGUCGGACCUGAAAGAGCACAAAAAAGCAGUAACAUGUUUCUCACUUGCUGAACCAGGGGAGAGCUUGUUAAGUGGUUCUUCUGAUAAAACCAUUAGGAUUUGGCAAAUGGUCAACCGAAAAGUGGAAUGUGUUCAAGUCAUAGCAUUGAAGGAACCAAUUCAAAAGAUAACAACCUACGGCCAGAUGAUUUUUGUAAUUACACAAGGACACGGAAUCAAGGUGCUCGAUUCAUCGAAAAGUGUAGUCAAAGAUGUAUUCAAGAAUAAGAAAGUGAAAUGCAUGAGUGCAAUGCAGGGGAAGCUGUACGCAGGCUGCAUGGAUUCAAGCAUACAGGAAUUAACCAUGAUCAACAACAAGGAGCGAGAGAUCAAACCGCCAACUAAAAGCUGGAUAAUGCAAAACAAACCGAUCAAUUCAAUUGUUCUUCACAAAGACUGGCUUUACAGUGCAAGUUCAAAUGUUGAGGGUUCCAAAAUUAAGGAAUUAAGAACAAAUUACAAGCCACAAAUGUCAAUAAUUAGUGAUAAAAGCAGAAACAUAUUAGCUAUGGAAGUAGUAGAAGAUUUCAUAUACCUGAAUUGCAGCUCAUCAUCCACCACUCUUCAGAUUUGGUUGAGAGGAAGACAACAGAACGUGGGAAGGAUAUCAGCAGGCAGCAAAAUAACAAGCCUCCUUACGGCAAAUGACACUGUUUUGUGUGGCACUGAGAAAGGACUCAUCAAGGGAUGGAUACCACUAUGAAGCAAAAGUGUGAUGUGCAGUGGUUGAAGAGCAGCUUGUUGAUUCACUCAAAAGAUUAGUAGUGUAAAUAAAUAUACACAAAGCUUAUUACUAUAAUUCUAUACAUCCUAAAAUAAGCAUCUGUAUAUCUAUCUACAAUAAAUAAAUAGUUUUUCCCUAUAUAUUUUAGUUAUUAUUUCUCUUCUCCCUCUUUGGUAGUUUUAUCAACUAUAUAUGGGUUUUAUUAACUCUGUUUGAGUUGUUUUCUUCUUCAAAUAGGGAAGUUUAUAAUAUAUGUCCUCUUGAUUUUUAUAUAAAAAUCUUACGAUCUACAAUUUGAUCGAGUUUUAAUUACAGGGUGGAUACCACUAUGAAGCAAAAGUGUGAUGUGCGAUGGUUAAAGAACAGCUUCUUGAUUCACUCGAAAUUUUGUAAAUACACAUAAAGCUUAUUUUGAUUCUUAUGAAAGAUAUGGAUGUCUAUUUCAAUACAUAUCAAUUCGGAGAAA